AUGGGGAGAAAAACGGAGGCCGCCGGCGCCGGCCGGGAAGAACCGGCCGUCGUCGUCGCGAUUAGGAUGGACAAGACGACGAUCAUCGUGUCGUCGGUGGUUGGUUCCCUGGGCGUGCUCAGCGCCAUCCUGGGGUUCGCUGCUGAGGCCGCAAAGCUCGGUGAUUGUGCAUCGGCUCUCGGGCUGGCGGUCACCGCGUCCAUCUUCCUGAUGAUGGCGCAGGUCACCGUGGCGGCCGCCGGCGGCUGCUGCGGGUGCUGCAAGUCCAGGGCCAUGCCGUCCGAGGCCAAGCGGAUCGUCGGCGUGGUGUGCGCCGCCAUCUCAUGGGUGGCGGCGGUGGUCGCGUUUGCCCUGUUCGUGGACGGUUCGAUCGGCGCGGCCGUGGCGUGCGUCGGCCUGGUCGGCGAAUUCGCGGGCGCGGCCGUGCUGGUACUUCUCUCCACGGGCCUCGGGAUCACCUCCUUCGUCAUGCUCCGCACGCAGUCGCCGCGGCCGCAGCCCGGCGAGGGUGGCGCGGCGCCGGCCCCGCGGGACGGCGCCGAAGAACCCACGCCGAUCGGGACCCCGAUGGACGGCCCCGGCCAGUUCCGGCUGCCGACGCCGCAAAAUCCUCAGGCGCCUGAGCCACUGCCGAACUAUCCACCGCCGGCAUACUCUCCUGCGCCGGCUCAAGGGAACGCCGGCGGUCAAGCAGCGAACCAGCAGCUCCCGCCUCAUCCACAAGGGCAUGCGCAGGUCUAG